UGGGAAUGGUGCCCAGAUCCUGGGAAUGGCACCCAAAUCCUGGGAAUGGUGCCCAGAUCCUGGGAAUGGCACAGAGAUCCUGGGAAUGGCACCCAGAUCCUGGGGACACACUGAGGGACCCCGGGAGUUGCUUUCCCAAGGGAGAAGCCAUGACCCGGGGCAGGUUUGCUCUGGAAUGUUCUCUUGGCGGGUGUUUGGAGGCCCCUGAGGGCAGGAGCCCGCGGGAGGCUGGCAGAGCUCCGGGCUGUGGCUGUGACCCCCACAGUGUCCCCGGCCAUGGCCCCGGGUGGCUCCCAGCGCUGCUGGCCCAGGGCAGGGCCUCGCCCAGGCUGCUGCUGCUGGUGUUGGUGGCGCUGCUGCUGGACAACAUCCUGCUCAUCAUCGUGGUACCCAUCGUCCCCACCUUCCUCUACACGACAGAGUACGAGGGUGCCGACAGCUCCGUGAGCCCGGCCCUGCCCGCACCGACCCCUGCGGCCCCGGGGGCUCCUCCUUCCUCCUCCGUGCUCUCCUAUUUCGACACCACCACCGAGCCCGUUCGGGGCUUCACCGGCACCGCCGAGCCGCCGAACGGGACGGGGAGCAGCCCCCCGGGACACCCCCCGAGCUGCCCCCCAGGACAGGAGUUCCUGGCCCAGGAGAACACCCGACUGGAGCUGCUCUUCGCCUCCAAGGCUCUGGUCCAGCUGCUGCUCAACCCCUGCGUGGGUCUGCUGACCCACAGGAUCGGAUACCACAUCCCCAUGUUCCUGGGCUUCACCAUCAUGUUCCUGUCCACAGUCAUGUUUGUUUUCUUGGGCACCUACACCCUGCUCUUCAUCGCCAGAGCCCUCCAGGGUGUCGGCUCCUCCUUCUCAUCGGUGGCAGGGCUGGGGCUGCUGGCCAGAGCGCACCCGGAGGACUCAGCGAGGGGCAGCGCCGUGGGGACCGCCCUGGGGGGCCUGGCCUUGGGAGUGCUGAUCGGGGCACCCUUCAGGAGCAUCAUGUAUGAAUUCGUGGGGAAAUCAUCGCCCUUCCUGGUCCUGGCCUUCCUCGCCCUCUUGGAUGGAGCUCUGCAGUUGUGCAUCCUGCAGCCCUCCCGGAUCUCCCCGGAGAGCACCAAAGCCACCCCGGUGUCCACCCUGCUGCGAGACCCCUACAUCCUGGUGGCUGCAGGAGCCCUGUGUUUCUCCAACACGGCAGUAGCCAUGCUGGAGCCCACGCUGCCCAUCUGGAUGCUGCAGACCAUGUGCUCCCCGCAGUGGCAGCUCGGGAUGGCAUUCCUGCCUGCCAGCGUCUCCUACCUCAUUGGCACCAACCUCUUUGGGAUUCUGGCUAACAGGAUGGGCAGGUGGCUGUGCUCCAUGAUUGGAAUGGCUGUGGUGGGAAUCAGCCUCCUCUGUGUCCCCAUGGCCACCAACAUUUACGGGCUGAUCGGCCCCAACGCCGGCCUGGGCUUUGCCAUAGGAAUGGUGGACUCCUCCAUGAUGCCCAUCAUGGGCUACCUGCUGGACCUGCACCACACCUCAGCCUACGGCACCGUCUACGCCAUCGCCGACGUGGCCUUCUGCAUGGGCUUUGCCGUCGGUCCCUCCACGGGCGGGGCGAUUGUGCGAGCCCUGGGCUUCCCCUGGCUGAUGGUCAUCGUUGGGGUGCUGAACGCGGCCUACGCCCCGCUCUGCUGGCUCCUGCGCAGCCCCCCGGCCACCGAGGAGAAGAUGGCCAUCCUGAGGCAGGAGUGCCCCAUGGAGCCCCAAAGCUGCACCCCCAAGGAAGCCCAGUGGGAGGAGAGCGAAGAGGAGGCAGAAAACAUGGAAUAACCAGGACAAGGAAUGCAUUCCCUGCUUUGGAGUCAAUAUUCUGCUUACAGAGCGUGGAUGGGGCCAAUUUAGCCGUGUCAGGCUGAAUUUCCAACCUCUGCUCCCGCCAUCCAUUUAGUGAAGCCGCUGUGGGACAGAACGGUGGAAUCACAGUGAAGAUGUCACUGCAAUGACACUAAAAUGACACUCUGAGGACACUAAAAACCCUUCAUUUGUGUCUUGCUAUAGUCUGAUGUAUUGUGCUAUGUCUGUGCUACUCGUGCAUC